AUGGCUUCCUGUUCAGAGAGGGAUCUCACCUGUCCUGUCUGCCAGGACAUCUUUAAAGAACCUGUUCUCCUGUCAUGUAGCCACAGCUUCUGUAAAGCCUGUCUGCGGAGAUGGUGGAGAGAGAAACUAAUAAAUGAGUGUCCAGUUUGUAAGGAAAGACCUUUACCGAGUGAUCCGCCACUUAACCUGGCAUUAAGAAACCUGUGUGAGAACUUCCUAACAGAGAGAGAUCAGAGGGGUUCAGCUAAGUCAAAGUCUCGCUGCAGUCUGCACUCUGAGAAACUCAAACUCUUCUGUCUGGACCAUCAGCAGCCAGUGUGUCUCGUCUGCAGAGAUUCAAAAACACACAACAACCACAGAUUCAGACCCAUCGAUGAAGCUGCACAGGAUCACAGAGAGGAGCUCAAGAAAUCCCUGAAACCCUUACAGGAGAAAUGGAAGUUCUUGAAAGAAAUGAAAGGAAACUGUGAUCAAACAGCAAAACACAUUAAGGUCCAGACUCGACACAUAGAAAGGGUUAUUAGGGACGAGUUUAAGAAGCUUCACCAGUUUCUACAAGAGGAAGAGGAGGCCAGGGUCGCUGCUGUGUGGGAGGAAGAAAAGCAAAAAAGUAAAGUGACCAGGGAGAAGACUGAGUCUGUGAGCAGAGAGAUAGCAGCUCUUUCAGACACCAUCAGAGCCACAGAGGAUGAGCUGAGAGCUGAAGACGUCUCAUUCCUGCUCAGCUACAAGGCUGCAGUAGAAAGAGUCCAUCAGCGCCCCCUGCUGGAGGAUCCAGAGCUGGUCUCAGGAGCUCUGAUAGAGGAGGCCAAACACCUGGGCAACCUGACCUUCAACAUCUGGAACAAGAUGAAGAAGAUGGUCUCCUACACUCCUGUGAUUCUGGAUCCAAACUCUGCUCAUCCUCAUCUCAUCCUGUCUGGAGAUCUGACCAGCGUGGGACGUGGACAGAGACAGAAGCUUCCUGAAAACCCAGAGAGGUUUGAUUUGUUCAUCUCCAUCCUGGGCUCUGAGGGCUUUAACUCAGGGGCUCACAGCUGGGAUGUUGAAGUUGGAGACAGUACAAGCUGGGUCCUGGGUGUCGCAGCAAAGUCUGUCCAAAGGAAGGGAGACAUAAAGACUGGAUUGUGGCGAAUAGGCUUAUUUAAUGGUAAAUAUGUAGCGGCCUCCCCAUCAGAUCCACGCAUUGUUCUCUCAGUGAAUAAGAAUCUCCAGAGGAUCCGAGUUCAUCUGAACUGGAACAGAGGAAAACUGUUAUUCUUUGAUCCUGAUACCAACACACACUUGCACACCUUCACACACACUUUCUCUGAGAAGCUAUUUCCAUACAUCAGUAAUAAGAAUGAACAACAACUAAAAAUAUUACCAUUGAAUGUCUCUGUAACAGUACAACAGCUCAGUGAGUGAUGAUGAUAGUAAUAAUCUCUUAAAUGUGAAUACCAAACAAUUAUGGGUUAUUUUCAAAUCU